CACGCUGCCAAGCGUGCAGUGUCUGAUUUCAACUAGGUCCGCGUCCUGUGUAUAUAAGCUCCCGACGUGCGCGCUCGGCGCUAUUUCAUCUACUACGUUACUGACGAACAACAACACCGAGAACUCCGUGCGAGAAUGUCCGGCCGAGGGAAAGGCGGUAAGGGGCUGGGGAAGGGAGGCGCCAAGCGGCACCGGAAAGUGCUCCGCGAUAACAUCCAGGGUAUCACCAAGCCGGCCAUCCGCCGUCUGGCUCGCCGCGGCGGCGUCAAGCGUAUCUCCGGGCUGAUCUACGAGGAGACCCGCGGCGUGCUGAAGGUGUUUCUGGAGAACGUGAUCCGCGACGCCGUCACCUACACCGAGCACGCCAAGCGGAAGACCGUCACCGCCAUGGAUGUGGUGUACGCCCUGAAGCGCCAGGGCCGCACGCUGUACGGCUUCGGUGGCUAAAGCUCUCCCGGACCUCCCGCUGAACCCGAAACUCAACUAAACAAAGGCUCUUUUAAGGGCCGCCCUCAUAAUCUGUAAAAGAGCAAAAUCCAGCAUAUAGAGAUCACAGGGAAGCUUCCCUCUGUGCCUUAUGUUUAACGGUAGGCUUUUCAACAGCUUUAAUAAUAAAAACAUAAUGGGAAAAAAAUCUGUAUAUUUUACGUAUACAAACAUGCUUCUGCAUUCAGUUUUAAUGUAGAUAAUUUGCAUACACGAUGCAAUUUAAACGAAUUAUGAACAAGAAUUGUGUUAGCAUUUUGCUAACAGACUGGUUAUUCCAAAUAAUUUACUUUCAAUGCUAAAACCGGAUAAUUAAAUCUUAGUCAUUGUAAACAUUUUAAUUCAUUGUGUUGAUUUAUUAAUUCAUACAAUUAUUAAUAAAUCGGUGAAUGUUUCUUUAUCAGAAUUGUUAAUAAAUCAAGAUGCUGUAAUUGUAACACUGUCAUUAAAGGCUACUUCAUGAAAA